UUAAGGAAUCCGAAACCAACGUUUGGAAUACUUACGUUUAGUACUUAGCCUUAAAAUUUAAAUUAGAAAAAGUAUCGCGAUGCCAUUGAGUGUGGAUGUGAUUUAGAAAUUAGAACUAGAAAACAAAGCUUCUCAACUGCUGGUUAACUGUAUGCCAGUGUGAAAAAAGAAAAUUCAGGUUAGAGGGAAAGGACAAUAGGAAGAGUUUGACAUAUUGACUGGAAACGUUUAGCCAGAGGGAAUGAACAGAAUAGAGUUUGAUAUUGGUCCUUCCACCAGUUUCUUGAUGUGGGAUUCUAGCUAUCUGUUCUGUGGAUAGUUGUGGCUAAGUUGCUUCACAAUGAUAACUGCAAAAGAGAAGAAGGGUCUGGAAAAGAUACUGAGUAGGCUUAGCUCUGAUGACAUUUAUUCACUUUCUUAUACCACUACAAAGGGUAUGGUGAAGGUUGAGACAAGACAAGAUGCAGAACGUUCAAUCCUAAUGUUUACAGAUAGAGCAGUUUUAUUGCUGAAACGUAGAAAAAUCAAAAAGGAAAUAAUAUUUUCUUAUCUCAUGUCCGAGGGUGUAAGUGUCAACCCAGAUGGAGAGAAACGACAUUUCAUUCAAGCGUGCCUGAAUUAUUGGAACUCUGAAGUUAUACCAGAGGACUUGGAUUCUGAAAUGCUUGAGGAUAAUACAGAAAUAUAUAAUACAUUACCGUCACAAGGCCAAAUAGAAGAAUAUAACAGUUCAACGGUUUCAAACAAUCAGUUGCUUAAAAUGGCAGAAAAGUUUUCUGAGUGGUUUUAUACCCUCUUAAACAAACAUCAAGAGGAAGUACAGUCUUCAAAUGACUGUUUUGGACCCCAUCAUUUCUGGCCACAAUGUAAAUUGAAUUUGUCAAUCUCUGUAUUAAAUGAGGUUAUAGAAGAGGAAAUUCUAGGGGAUGUUUCAGUAUAUCAAACUCUGAGGAAGCUUGUCCAAACAGAAAAAUUACUUUUUAAUCCAAAUUCUGGAUCACAGGAAAAUUGUUGCUUUCAAGAUUCUCAUGGCCCAGUUAAGCUGGCUAUUGGAGGAGUGGUGCAUCGUAAUAACAACUGUAUUGGACUGUUUGACAGCUGUUUUGGAUUAAUUCAGGACCCUCACACUGAUGAUCGGUGGCGAAUAAAGUUUAUGUCUCUUUCUCUCCGGCUUGGAGAAAGACUUCUAUCUCGUACAUCUCUUCCUGCUCCAGCAUAUCCUUCUGUAUACCUAACAAGAUAAUGUCUUGAUUUCUUUUUCAUAAUGUGUGUAUAUAAGUAGAGUAUGCAUCAGUAUAUCAGUAAAGCAUAAUGUAAAUGAUUUUUUUGUAUUAUUUUGUUGAAACUUAAAAGAUGGCUAUAACUUUUAACGUGGAGUGUCAUCUAUGCUGUUCAUGUACCAGUGUUUUAAUUACUAGAUUCAUUUUACAGAGUCUCUUUCUCCUGAACACAAUGUUUUUCAUCAUUAAACUUCUCAACAUAAGUGAUAACAUGUUAUGACACAAACUUUGGAAAGAAAUUGAUCUCCAAAUACGUGAUUAUCAUAAUUCUAAGAAGUCUCAUUAAUACAUGCUACUGCAACUUAAACCAGAAAUUUACUAAGAGUUGAUAUAACUUGUAACUUGCUGUAUCUGACAGAUCCAUUGAUUUACUUUGAAUGUUGAUGCAUCUAAAUGCUGUAGUAGUGACCCAAACAGAAACUACUUAAAUUAUAAUGAACCAUAUUUUCUGUUUUCUAAUUACUUGAAAAGUAACAACUUUCAAAGAUAAAUAAAUCAAGUAGGCUCAGUGUCAUAAAAAUUGCUUCUAUCUUUGUGACUGAAGAAGAAUUAGAUCAUAAUAUAGUGGCUUACAUAAAAAUCUUUUGAUUUACUGAUCAAAACGUUUUAAAUUUGUGAGAGAAAAAAGAAAUACAACAAAUGGGAAUUCACAUAAAUAAAGUAUCAUUAGUUGAAAAUAUAUUUGCUUUAAAACUGUUGUAAUUUGUAAAAUAAGAUGUUGCUAAUGGAUAAAAGAUUUCACUUUUUUUUCUUAUAAUCAAAGUGAAAUUGUUAAAAAGGAUGUAAAUGCUAUACAGUAUUAAAAAUUCAUUUACCAAUUCAUCAUGGUGUUGUCAGGAGGUAUUAACAACAGAAGAUGUGCAAGUUAGUGAAUAAUGCUAUUUAUUUAACAGUUUUAUUGUACCUUCGUCACCUGCAGAAUAAAUAAAACGACUUGCCUUUUUUUAUGAUGAUGCUGUGAAAUCAGUUUUUUUUUAUGUUUUCAUAGAUUUCAAUGAAAUAUCAUUUAACUUUCUAGGAAUUAUAUCUGUGGCAUAGCAUUGCUAAUCUUAGGUCGCUUUACGAUGGGCUUGUGUAAUAAACACUAAACAGUUUAAAAAACAAACAAAACAUGCAAGCCUUUGAUAGUUUGUAUUUCAAAAUUGUGUUAUGUCAUUAUUUCAUUGUGUGUGCAUGCAAAAAAAAAACAACUGAGCCACAGUAACUUCAUUAAAUUUCCAUAAAAUGGUCUAGAUUAUUAUUUCUAGUUAACAAUCCAGUGUUUUGAGAGAUAUUUUGUAUUUUCAAAUAAAAAUAUAUUUAGUCAUCCUUGUUUUUAAGCUUGAAUGCUCUUUAUAUUUGAUUAUGAGUCUUGGAUAAUUUUUGAAAUGUAAUUUUCAGUUCCAAAGUAUUUUAUGAAGUAUGAUACUGUGUAUUUCAUUGCAAGUUACAAACCAAUAUUCUACAACAAAACUUGUACACUUUUAGGAAAAAUGUUAUUUAAAAUAAAUUGAUAUUCAAGUA